CUCCGCUCCCUCAUCAGCCCAUCACUCUUAGUCCACACCAGGAAGCGGUGUCCUCUUACAUUCUGAUGACAAGAAGUGUCGUAACCAACGCGCACAGACCGAAAUGCUGCCUUCAGAUAAUGUCAGCCUGACCUCGGGGAAACACCAUGCUCCAAGCCAAGCUGACCAGCCGGCUGACUGUGAACGCCCUGAGGGGGAUCCACCAUGGAGCCGGCCACCCCUGUCUGUACUCGCUGUCAGAUUCCUUCCUUCACAGCGAAGGAACGAGGACUAAAUAUGGCCUCCGCUCAGACUCCAGCAUGUUAAGAAGAGUGUUUUACAGUCAGGGUGCAAUCCGCCCAUCACUCAGACUACGUGAAACUCAGCACUGUGGAAGAAGAUCAUUCACUUUAUCAGCUGCUGCGAUUGUAAAUUCAGCACCAGCGCCUGUCCAGCCAUAUCUCCGACUGAUGAGGCUCGAUAAACCUAUUGGGACAUGGCUGUUGUACCUCCCGUGUACAUGGGGCAUUGCUCUGGCUGCUGAUCCUGGAUGCCUCCCAGAUCUGGGCAUGCUCACUCUGUUUGGUACAGGUGCUCUGCUAAUGAGAGGAGCAGGCUGCACCAUCAAUGACAUGUGGGAUAAAGACUUUGACAAAAAGGUAUCCAGGACAGCCAGUCGACCCAUUGCCUCAGGGGAGAUUUCUCGAAUGCAGGCACUAGUGUUCCUGGGAGGGCAGCUCUCUCUUGCACUUGGGGUUCUCUUGUGUCUCAACUAUUACAGCAUAGCUCUGGGUGCUGCGUCAUUAUCUCUUGUUGUCACCUACCCACUGAUGAAGAGGAUCACGUAUUGGCCACAGUUUGUGUUAGGUCUCACCUUUAACUGGGGAGCGCUGCUCGGCUGGUCCGCUGUUAAGGGCUCCUGCGAUUGGUCUGUGUGUCUCCCACUGUAUUUCUCAGGAGUGAUGUGGACGUUGAUAUACGACACUAUAUAUGCACAUCAGGAUAAGGAAGAUGACGUCAAGGUAGGAGUCAAAUCUACUGCACUCAGGUUCCAGGAGCAAACCAAACCUUGGCUGAGUGGCUUCACUGUGGCCAUGAUGUCCGGACUGGUUGUAGCUGGGGUCAAUGCUGAACAAACUCUCCCUUACUAUGCUGUACUGUCCACAGUGGCCAUCCACCUAACACACCAGAUUUAUACUUUGGACAUCAAUAAACCGGAGGACUGCUGGAAGAAGUUUGUCUCAAACAGAAACCUUGGACUGUUGUUAUUUUUAGGCAUUGUUGCUGGAAAUUUGUGGAAAGAAAGAAGAGAGACUUUGCUGCAGAAUGAGGAUGCAUUCAGAUAAAUGAGAUAAUCAGUACACAGCAUAUUUUAUCACAGUUCUGGUACAUCACAUACUACAUUUUUGCACAGUAUAUUUUGAGAUUUUAACAAAACAAUAUGAGACAAAAACAGAUGUUCUUUAAUCUGUGUGAUUUUAACACAAACAGUAAAGUGACUGGAUACAUUUCUUUGCUCAUAAACUAUGAUUUAUAGUUGUUGAACCCCAUUCAACUGUAUGUUGAGAUUAACUUAUAUAAUAAAUUCAUUUUACAUACAUAUAGUGAACGUCUGUAUUCGAGUGCUUAAAAUUACCAGUAGAACUGUGGAUCAUUGGUUGUUGUACACAUAAAUGCGAAAAAAAAACAAGCAAAGAAACAUUAAAAUAUCAAGUGAAAUAACUGUUGAAACUUAAACACGUUAUUAUUGUUGGUAAAUGCAUGUUAAGCCUGCACUAAAUGAUUUUUG